AUGAAGAGCGCUGUCUUUAUUGCCAUGGCCUUUGGCCUGGCUUCCGCCAACAUCUCCCCUCGAUACCAGCUCCCUCCUGUCACUGAGACAUGCGAGUGCGAUACCGAUGACCUUUGCUACCAGGCUGUCCGCGCUCCCGGUGCCACUUUCUGCGACCACAUCCAGAGCUGCGAGCUUCCCUCAGCUUGCGCUGACCGUGAUACUCUCCAGGAGGCUUGCACAUGUGUUCUCCCCACUACCACCACUGCUGCUGCCGUCUCUACCACCGAGACUGCUAGCACCGAGGCUGGUACUGCCACCACCGCUACCACUGAGGCCGAGACUGCCACUACUGGUACCACUGAGGUUGACACUGCUACAACCGAAACUGGCACCACCAAGGUUGAUACCGCUACCUCUGAGACCGAGACUGCUACCGGUGUCACCACCGAGGCUGCCUCCACCACCACUGCCCCUGCUGAGACCAACACCACCACUGAGGAGGAGGACUGCGACUCUACCACCGAGGAGCUCUCCACUGGCACUGAGACUGCUACUGCUCCUACUGGCACUGAGACCGCCCCUACUGGUACCGAGACGAAGACCGAGACCGCCCCUACCGGCACUGCAACCGUCCCCGUCAACACUGACACCAAGACCGAGACUGCUCCCACCGGCACUGAGACUGCUCCCGUCAACACCGAUACCAAGACUGAGACUGCCCCUACCGGCACCAAGACUGAGACUGCUCCUACUGGUACCGAGACCGCCCCUGUCAACACUGACACCAAGACCGAGACUGCCCCUACCGGCACCAAGACUGAGACUGCUCCUACUGGUACUGAGACUGCUCCCGUCAACACCGAUACCAAGACUGAGACCGCUCCUACUGGCACUGAGACCAAGACUGCUGGUGUUUCCACCACUGAGGGAUCCCACGGCACCCAGACCACUGAGGCUACCGUCCCUUACACCACCAAGACUAUCUACACCACUUCCGUCCACACCUACUCCAAGUGCCCUGACUACGUCAAGGACUGCCCUUACGGAACUCACGGCCCUUACACCGUCACUGAGACCGUUGCUGUUUCCACCACUGUCUGCCCUGUGACUGAGGGACACCCCAAGCCUACUGGUUACACCACCAAGACCGUCUACUCUACUGAGGUCUACACCAUCUCCAAGUGCGCUUCUACCGUCAAGGACUGCCCCUACGGAUCCGUCACCACCAAGAGCUACCCCGUCUCUACCACUGUCUGCCCCAUCACCGAGGAGCACUCCAAGCCUACCGGCUACGCUCCUCCUGAGUAUACCACCAAGACUGUCUACUCCACCAAGGUCUACACUGUCACCAAGUGCGGCCCUGAGGUCAAGGACUGCCCUUACGGUUCCGUCACCACUGAGACUGUCCCUGUCUCUACCACCGUCUGCCCUGUCACUGAGGAGCACACCAAGCCCACUGGCUAUGCUCCUCCUCCCCACAGCACUCUCUACACCACCAAGACCGCCUACCUCACCAAGGUCUACACCGUUACCAAGUGCGGUCCUGAGGUCCCCAACUGCCCUUACGGCUCUCUCACCACCGAGACCGUCCAGCAGACCACUGUCUACGCCACCGGUACUAAGGAGAUUCCUUCUUACCCUACCGUUGUUGUUCCCAAGCCUGAGCAGCCCGAGCACUCCGCUCCCGCUAAGCCUGAGUACCCUGCUCCCAAGCCUGAGCACUCUGCUCCUGCUAAGCCCGAGUACCCUGCUCCCUCCAAGCCUGAGCACCCUGCUUACCCUGCUCCUCCUGCUGAGACCGAGACCCACGUGGCUCCCGCUCCCAGCCAGCCUUCUGCCACUCUCCCCUACCACGCCCCCACUGGCACUGCCCCCGCUGUCGAGGUCACUGCCGGUGCUUCUCGCUUCGGUGUCGAGAUGGCCGUCGCUGCUGCCGGUAUCUUUGCCGUUCUUCUGUAA